UUAAACUGAGUUUUCCUUCAGCCCCAAGCCAGGAGCAGCUUUCAGUACCGGGAGAGAUACAGAGCACUUGAGCUAUUUCAGCCACAUGAAAAGCAUCAGAAUUGAGAUCACAGCUCAGAGGACACCCGGCGUCCCUUCCACCCUCCAAGGAGCUUUGUAUUCUUGCACCUGGCUACCUGGGACUUUCCUCAGGCAGUAAACAAAUACAGAAAGCAGGGUUAAGACUGCGUGAAUAUGUCAAAACAGCCAGUUUCCAAUGUCAGAGCCAUCCAGGCAAAUAUCAAUAUUCCAAUGGGAGCCUUUCGGCCAGGAGCUGGGCAACCCCCCAGAAGAAAAGAAUGUACUCCUGAAACAGAGGAGGGAGCUCCUCCUACCUCAGAUGAGGAAAAGAAGCCAAUUCCAGGAGCAAAGAAACUUCCAGGACCUGCAGUCAACCUUUCAGAGAUUCAGAAUAUUAAAAGUGAACUGAAAUAUGUCCCCAAAGCUGAACAGUAGUUGGAUAAAGUAGGGGUAAAAGAGCUCAAUGAUAACAAAGAAUUGCAAAGAAAUAAAAUAAAAUUUAAAUGGGUAACAGUACAGCAAUUACAAGAAAAAGAAAUAAAGGUAAAGCCUAAGAAUAAUUGGACAAUUACACCAAUGGACACCAAUAUAGCAGCAAGUGGAAGCCCUAGGACUGCUGUGGCUCCAGAAAGAAGUGACCAUUCUGAAGUUUCAGGCGUUCUGGCCUCAGUGUUGGAUGUUGGAGCAUAAGCAUGCAUUGCAUCGCAGGCAGACCUCUUAUAAUAGUAUAUAUACAUAGUACUCUAGGGUCCCAGAGAAAUGCAUAAUGCUUUUGUGGCUUGUCAUUGUUUGAUGUGCAAUAAUUGUACACACUUAUGGGGCACACUGUGGUAAUUUGGUACAUGUACACAAAAAUGUGAAAUGAUCAAAUUAGGGUAAUUAGCAAUUUUAAUCGUUAAAUUUCUGUCAUCUCAUUGCAUUGUGAAGUUUCAAAUUCCUAGUGCUUCUGUUGCUAUCUUUUCUUUCAAGAUUUCUGGAGCCUAGGGAACUGCUUGUUCUUUUUGUUUCUUUUUGUUCUUAUUUCCCUGAAGCAAAAGACUGUAUGGCCUUCAGCGCAGAUUUUGAACUACUUCUUUGUAUCACACUUGGUUGCCUCUUGGCUAUAUAACUUCUGAGUGCAAAUCAUUGAACUCUUUAAUGAAGUAUUGUAGAGAAUAAACCAUAAUGGGUAAAA